AAAUGAAAACUUUGUAAAUGGGACGAAACGAGUGUGGGACGAAACGAGAGGGGACGAAACAAGUGUGGGACGAAAUGAGACGGGACGAAACGAGAGCUAAUUAACAAAUACGGGACGAAACGAGAGGAUACCAAAUGAAAAAAAGUUAUUCAAAGUCAUUCAGUGGAACGAAUUUUUUAUGUAAGACAAUUAUUAUGCGUUUUUGAGUCAACAAAACUUGAUAUUCUUACUUAACAGAAACUGAGUUAUAACAAUUUUCUUAGAUGCACCAAAAAAUAGUCGAAAAUUUAAGAAAAAAUUGAUAAAAUGAUUGCGAAUUCUUCCGCUGUGUAAUCGAGUAUAUUUCUCGUCCGUUGGUUACCUAGAAGAAAAUAUAAAUGGUUCUGUUACUGCAAAAUGAUUUAAAUUAAUUAAGUUCUCAUUCCUUGUUUAAAUUUAAAUCUUAAUUAAAAAAGGCUGUUGAAAAUGCUGAACAACGUACGAAAAAACUAAUGGAAUUACAGUUUAAUCAAGAAAAACAAAAAGUCAUUGAUGAAACAAUUGCCAAAAUGGAGGCUGAGUACGUUCAACAAGAGCGUAUUAAACUGCAAACAUUGAAACAAGAAAUGGAAGAAAAACAUCAACUUCAAAUACAAGAAAUAAAUGAAAUGCAUCAAAGCCACGUAGAUGAGUGGAAAACGAAAAAUAAAUUAACGGAAGAAAAAUUUCAUCGAGCAUUUAAUGAUCGUGUUCGCUUAGAAAGUGAUUAUAGAUUAUUACAAACAGAUUAUAAACGUUUCAUGGAUUAUACCAAUUUUUUUCACUCCGAUUAUCUUUUAAAAUUACAUCAUGUUGGUCAACAAUUAACAUCAAAAAAUAUUUGUGAUACAAAAUUUGAACAAAUUUUAGAUCGUAUAUUAAAUGAAUUAAAUCAAUCAUCAACAUUAUCAUCGAAUUAUUCUAAAAAUGUUCCUCUAAAAGUUUCAAAAUGUUCGUUAAAAACACGUGAUAAUUAA